ACAGCCAUGACGUGAGUUUAGCAUGUGCGGAUAGACGCUCAUUGUCGAAUAUUUAAAAAUAAAAAUAAAAAAUAAAAAAACACCGACACGAAGCAGAACCAGCAUGUCGGUCGACAGCGUGUUCAGGACCCGCUCGCUCGGUGUGGCCGCCGAGGGUCUUCCUGAUCAGUACGCCGAUGGUAAAGCAGCGAAAGUGUGGCAGCUAUACAUCGGAAACACGCAGAGUAGGACGCAGGAGUACAAAAGCUGGGUGGUGUCGCUGCUGAGGGAGCAAGGUGCCCGGAGAGUGCUGGAUGUAGCCUGCGGAACAGGCGUGGACUCCAUUAUGUUAGUGGAGGAGGGGUUCAACGUGGUGAGUGUGGAUGCCAGCGACAAAAUGCUCAAGUACGCACUGAAGGCGAGAUGGGAGCGAAGAAAAGAACAAGCCUUUGACCAAUGGGUCAUUGAAGAAGCCAACUGGCUGACACUACCAGAGGACAUCCAGAAACCAGGAGACGGUUUUGAUGCCGUUAUUUGCCUCGGCAACUCCUUCGCUCACUUACCAGACUUUAAAGGGGAUCAGAGUGACCAAAGGUUGGCUCUCCAGAACAUCGCUAGUAUGGUCAAACCAGGCGGGACCCUCAUCAUCGACCACCGCAACUAUGACUACAUCUUGGAGACCGGGCGGGCGCCACAAGGCAAAAAUAUUUACUAUCAGAGUGAUCUAACUCAGGACAUAUCCACCUCUGUGCUGUGGGUCAACAGUCAGCCCCACAUGAUCACUCUGGACUAUACCCUCCAAGUGCCCCAAACGAGCCCCCAGAGCCAACCUGAAGUCAGCAAAUUCCGCCUGUCCUACUACCCCCACCGCCUGAACAGCUUCAAAGCGCUGCUGAACCAAGCCUUCCACGGGAAAGUGGAGCACAACGUCUACGGAGACUUCAUGACGUACGUCCCUGACCAAAGCCGAGCCCCGUGCUACUUUGUCCAUGUCUGUAAGAAGAAGGCCUAGCUAGCAUGAACGCCUUUCAGUUCAUACACAUUGAAUCUUCCAAAUUAUGUUCGAUUUGAUCUGAAAUUCUAAAAAUUGUAUAAAAAAAAAAAAAUUCAAUUUAAUGAUCGCCUUUUAAAAAUUAGUCACAACUGGUGGCCCACAGAGUAAUAUAUAAUAGGACACUGUUAUGUUGACUAUAGCAAAGAUGUGGUGGAUCACUUUUAUUUACCAUGUAAAAACGCAGAUUAGUGUCUGUUUUAAGUCCAUAUGGUGGCCUUUUGUUGUAAUUUUGUUUGAUGAAAAAAAUUAUUUUUUUUAUUAUGUAAGCAUCAGAAUCACAUUUUGCCUUAUUCUGCGCUAUGCUUCUGUAGUGUUUUUUUUUUUGCUGUAAUCUUGCAAAGUUGUUGAUGUCAAGGCCAACAAGAACGGACUGACACCAUAAAAGGGAUAUCUGACAGUUCUUGUCGGUCUAACCUACUUGCAGUGUUACAACAGGGUCAGACCCUCUAAAGUCCACACGGGUUUUUCAUUGGUGAAACCGUUUAGGAGUUUAACGCUGCCUGAAGUCCAAAUGCUCAAACCUUUGUCAUGGUUUACCACCUCCAAGUCAUCUGACUUGCCUCUACAUGGACGGGGGGCUGAUUCAGUGUCUACGGCAGGGGUGGGGCAAACUACGGCUUGGGGGCCACAUACGGCCAAGCCAAGCGUUUGAAUGAAAAAAUGAAAAAAAACAUGAAAAAAUCAAACGACAAAACUGUGAAAUUAAAUGACACUAACACAAAUAACACUUUUACAGAUAAAAUUAGACAAAUAAUUCAAGGAAAAUUAUAAGCAUAAAAUAAUGUGUGUGGUGAAUAUAUGCCCCCCCCCCCCCCCACACACACACACAAUUUUUUUUGUUAACUCAAUACGGCCCGCUAGUCAAAAUAUUUUCGCACCCCUGGUAUACGGCAAGGGUGUCAAACAAAAAUUUUCCAGGGGAGGGGGUACUUUCAUACAUUUUGUGCAUUAAAGGUGCGAAAACCAAUUUAAUAUAUAGCAAGCUACCCGAACAAAAUAGCCAAAUGCAUGAAAGUACCCCCCCCCAUUUUGUUAACUCAAUGCGGCCCACGAGUCAAAAUAUUUGCCCACCCCUGGUAUACGGCAAGGGUGCCCAAAAUUUCUAGGGGGGGGGUACUUUCAUACAUUUUGUGCAUUAAAGGUGCGAAAACCAAUUUAAUAUAUAGCUAGCUACCCAAACAAACUAGCCAUGCAUCCCUGAUGUAUGUAUUAUUUUAACUCAUUUAAUUUGAUUUUAUUUUAAUUUAAGUAAUUUAAUUAGAUUUUAUUAAAAUUGGAAAAUAUUACCUUUUGUUUAUGAUGUAAAAACACUGUAUGGGGAAUUCCAAAUUAGCCGCAGCAGUAUGCACCAGGGGUGUCCAAAAUACCCGCUACCUAUAACACAUGGAUUUUAUUCGGGUAGCUUGCAUCUUUAAUGCACAAAAUGCCUGAAAGUACCCCCUGCCCCAAUUUUGUUAACUCAAUGCGGCCCACGAGUCAAAAUAUUUGCCCACCCCUGGUAUACGGCAAGGGUGUCCAACAAAAAAUUUCCGGGGGGGGGGGGUACUUUCAUACAUUUUGUGCAUUAAAGGUGCGAAAACCAAUUGAAUAUAUAGAUAGCUACCUGAAUAAAAUAGCCAUGCAUCCCUGAUCUAUGUAUUAUUUGAACUCAUUUAAUUUAAUUUGAUUUGAAUUUAAGUUAUUUAAUUAGAUUUUAAUAUUUGAAUUGGAAAAUAUUGCACCAGGGGUGUCCAAAAUACCCGCUACCUAUCCUUUGCUACCUAUAUCACAUGCAUAUUUUAUUUGGGUAGCUUGCAUCUUUAAUGCACAAAAUGCAUGACAGUACCCCCCCUUAGAAAAUGUUUGGACACUCUUGCUAUACACCAGGGGUCGGGAACCUUUUUGGCUAAGAGAGCCAUGAAGGCCAGAUAUUUUAAAAUGUGUAUCUGUGAGAGCCAUAUACAUUUUUUUAAACAUUGAAUGCAAUAAAAUGUGUGCAUUUGUAUGUAAGACCAACAGUUUUAGAUAUAAUGGGCUCUAAUUACGUAGACCAGGCACACUACCCCACGCCAAGGGGGUGUGGCCAGCAUACUUUCGUGAGCAGCGCAGUGUCUAAUAAUAAAUCAAAUACUUGCUGCCAUUAAUGCAACUUCUGCUGCUGCAUAGUUUUGAACCGUAUUCAGUACACGUAUUUCAUUCUUUUGGCCAUCUUCACCAGAAGGCUUGGUUCUGCAGCUUUAGCUAUUUGACUAAAGGAGGAAAGUUUACAUUUACAUGUUUUUUUGACAUCUCAAUGACCGAGGUAGACUACAGCAUUACCCAGUAAUAAUCAAGUUUUGGUGUUUGACCUGGAAAAUAUCAUCAGGAAAGAUGGAUAUGGUCGGCCAUACUGCAGUAGAAAAUAGAUGGACGAAUUAAAAUGCAUAAGAAAGUUGUUGAUUUUGAAUAUUAUUUUUAACAGUCAUUUCUGUGAUGGUUUACUUUAAAAUGUUAGCAAAAAUGCAUUUUUAUUGUGGUAAGAAAUGCUUGAGAGCCAGAUACAGUCAUCAAAAGAGCCCAACCUGGCUCCCGAGCCAUAGGUUCCCUACCUCUGCUAUACACACUGAAUCAGUCCUCGCUAUGUUUAGGGAACAGUUGCAUCAGAGUCACAACCUGGGACACAAUCCUGCUGUCAACCAAAGAUUUUUGCAUCUUCUUGAAUUUAAUCAUUUAUUUGUACGUUGCACUUUGAUUGAAAGCUACUGAAAACAAUCAUUUUAUGUUACUCUGUUACCCGGGCCGUAAAACAUCAAAGUUACCAAAUAACUCAACGCACACUCACAAUUUGAAUGUUAUCAAGUUCAGUGGCCUCCUGCUGUUUGGCUGCAGAUUGCAUGGUGCAUUCAAAUGUCUCGUCAGCACCACCAAUGGUUUCACUUCUUUUACAGGAGUGAAUGGCAAUGCACAUUUUCAUUCGACAUUUCACAAGAGUCUUACGUUGCUGGUUAUUAAAACUUGAAAAUCAUUCAAAUAAUAAAUAUGUUUUUAUUGUG